AACUAAGAAAUCCUCUACAGUUCCCGUCCAAUUGAAGCUACAGUGGUUGCACCCUCUUCAUCGUCAAGGUGGACUGAGAAAACCUGCCCAGACUGGGAACACUGCUAUAAAUACAUCACACGCGUCUUCGGUUUCUCCAUAUCCAAAAACUCAACACCGUUAAUUCUGGUUAAUUAGAUGGGCACCGCAACCGCCUUUUCGCCUCCCACCGUUUCAACCACCAGUAAAUGGCUGGGCUUCGUGGCCGCCGUCUGGAUUCAGUGCAUCUCCGGCAACAACUACACCUUCUCCAAUUACUCCGAUGCGCUCAAAUCCCUCAUGCAUCUCACGCAGGUGCAACUCAACAACCUCUCCGUUGCUAAAGACAUCGGAAAAGCCUUUGGGCUUCUGGCGGGACUCGCCUCCGACCGCUUCCCGACUUGGGCCAUUCUCCUGAUAGGCUCCGUUGAAGGCCUGAUUGGAUACGGAGUUCAAUGGCUCGUUGUGAGCCAGAAAAUCCAGCCCCUUCCCUAUUGGCAGAUGUGCGUGUUUCUGUGCAUGGGAGGGAACAGCACGACGUGGAUGAACACUGCCGUUUUGGUAACGUGCAUACGCAACUUCCGUACAAACAGAGGACCCGUUUCGGGGAUUUUGAAAGGCUUUGUAGGGUUGAGCACUGCGAUAUUCACCACGCUCUGUUCUGCGCUUUUCGCCGACGACCCUGCCUACUUCCUCGUCAUGCUCUCUCUCGUUCCCCUCGUUGUUUGUCUCACCGGUAUCUUUUUCCUCCGAGAGCUUCCUCCCGCCGUCGACGCCGCCGGAAACGCCGAGGAGGUCAAGUAUUUCGGCGUCUUCAACGUCGUUGCCGUCCUCGUCGCGCUCUUCCUCUUGGUCUACGGCUUCGUCCCCAGCCCCGGCGUCCUGGUGUCGCGAGUUUUCGUCGCCGUUCUGCUGGUUAUGCUGGCUUCGCCGUUGGGGAUUCCGGUGUACACGUACUUCAAGGGACGGCUCGGAGAGGGGAAUGACGUGGAGGGGCAGAGAGCGAAUGAACCGUUGCUUGGUGGUGGGGAAAAGGAAAACGAAAGCGUGGCGGCGGUUGAAGAGGAGGCUUUGGUGGAGAAGAGAGCGCCGAUGGUGGGUGAAGAGCACACGAUAAUGGAGGUGCUGAAGAGCGUGGAUUUUUGGAUCUUGUUCGUGUCGUUUCUCUGCGGGGUUGGAACUGGUUUGGCUGUGAUGAACAAUAUGGGUCAAAUCGGGUUGGCUCUCGGGUACCCUGAUGUCUCACUUUUUGUCUCUUUGACCAGUAUUUUCGGAUUCUUUGGGCGGAUCAUCUCGGGUACCGUUUCCGAGUUCACAAUCAAGAGAGCAGCAACACCAAGACCUCUCUGGAAUGCAGCAUCUCAGCUUCUAAUGGCUGUUGGUUACAUACUGAUGGCCAUGGCUAUGCCAGGUUCUCUAUACAUAGGGUCUAUUUUGGUUGGCAUAUGUUAUGGAGUUAGGCUUGCAAUCACAGUUCCAACAGCCUCGGAGUUAUUUGGACUGAAAUACUAUGGUCUGAUCUACAACAUUCUGAUUCUCAACCUUCCUCUGGGCUCUUUCCUUUUCUCUGGUUUGCUUGCUGGCAUACUGUAUGAUAUGGAAGCAACGACAACCGAGGGAGGAGGCAACACCUGUGUCGGAGGUCACUGUUACAGGCUAGUCUUUAUUGUCAUGACCGGAGCAUGUAUCGUUGGCUUCUUCUUAGACAUUCUCUUGUCAUUCAGAACCAAAACUGUUUACACAAAGAUUUCCAUGAGCAAGAAACCCAAGAAAUCCUUAUCAGCAUCAAGCAGCCGUUGAUUCGUUAUGAAUCACAUUCCUGGGAUUGAUGAACUCUAUGCUCAAAUGAUAUCUCAAUAUGCUCAAUUACUUAACUCAUUUUUUAGAAAAAGGAGGCUGAUUGUUUUUUAUUCCAUUUUUGCCUCCGUGGUGUGCUGUUAUUUCCUUUACAAU